AUGUUUAAAGCCCAGCGCCAGUCGGCUCUGGAACAGGUCCGAUGGAAACCCGAGCAUUCUGGUGGCCUCAGCGUCAUCGAAACAACCGAUGAAGAAACACCAAAGCUUCGGCAUAGUGGUCUUAAAGACGCAGAGGUUCAAACUUGGGUUCUGCAGAAUUCCUGUCUACCAGGAGUUCCACCACCAAAGACAAAAUCUGGGGGCUUUCGGCUCCUUCUGUGCGAGAGAUCGAAAUUACCGCUUGAUGCCGUCGAUUGUCGCCCGGCAUCGUCCCGUGAUUUGUACAUGAGCCGAGACUCUUUUGCCCUUAUUGAGCAGGCUUUCCGCUUGAGCGACACAACGGCCCAGGAUUUGUUUUUCUCGAACGGAGGGUAUUCUCGCUUCACCGAGCGCGACAGUAGCACCGCCAAGAUCAAGUACCUCAAGGUGGCUAUACAAGCGCGGCGAAAACUGGAAGUGGGCGACUGCGUCCUGUCUGUUUGUCACUGCUGUGAGACGGGCUGGACUUAUGGCUUCCUCUGCGGCGAGGGCGUGGUCGAGUCAAACAAACGUUUUGGUGAAGUAGCUCUCGCGUCUGUGAUGUUGAACCUCCUCCGCCCAUGCCUCCAUCUGAGAUCCCAUGUUCUGCUGCUGCCGGCCAUGCUACUGAAAAUCUACAGCAUGCGCAUUGUGUCUUUCAUGUACAAGCAGCUCAGCCGGCUGAACGAUCUGGAAGACGAGAUUGGCGUGACUAAUGCUGGGCGAUGCGAGGUAAAGCGGUCCCUCGAGCAUUGGCCUCAUGAUGUCGAUAUCAAGGACACUACACUCGGACUGCAUUCAGCAGGCGCUGAGCUCUUCUAUUUGAACCAAACCUCCUGCUGGACUCAUGAGUGUCUCAAGUUCCUUUGUCAGCUCUCAGCGGACUGCUCCGACUACCCCAACACAAGUCCCGCAACAUGUCUCGAAGUACAGCAGGCCAUUGAACAUGAGAUUGUCAGAACGCAGUGGGUAGGCCGCACCCUCGCCACAGGCAAAGAAAGGACCCAAGCACAGCUCAGCGUUCUUUACUCUGCAGCGAGCCAGAAAGAAAAUGCCAUAUCCAUCAAGUACAGCCGAAUGGCCCAAGAACAGAACGAGAACUCCCGCAAAGAAGUCCAUCUGAACACGCGCAUCGCCACAUCCACCAAACAGGACAGCAUCGCAAUGACCGCCUUCACCUUCAUCGCUGCGCUGUUUCUCCCGGGCACGUAUACUUCCUCGCUCUUCAGCAUGGGCAUGUUCGACUGGUUACCCUCGAAUGCGGCAAAGUGCUACGCCUACUGGUGCAUUACAGUCCCAAUGACGGCCGUAGUCAUGGCCGGAUGGUUCACGUGGUACAAGAGAGCAGAUCAAGCAUUCCAGCGGGAGAUGGAACACCGCCUUGGUGGCGGCGACGACGGUGAGAAGAAGCCGCCGGCGGACGGUGGACUGCAAGCCCGCACGGAAAUUCAUACAACAGCGAAGAUCACAUGGCGCCCCAAGCACAAAUGA